ACUUAUCUAUAGAAAGAAUUAGGAAUAGUGCAUCCAUCUUAAUCCCAGAAAACGUAAAACCCUAUGAAGACACAUGGUGGCGCUGCAGGAUAAGAAGGUAAAAAACCAGAACUGAGGCUGCUGCUCCAACAGCAGGCAAAAUUUACCAACAAAGCCAGGGAGCCCACAGGAACCUUGGAUGUCACAGAGCGAGUGGAUCCUCUAAAAAGGACUACUCACCGGAAUAUACCCAAGAUCUUUUGUAUAUUAAGCAUCGUCUCAGAUUUGGAGGUCUUUACGGUUCAGGGGAACCACCCUCGCUGGAGUCUAUAGAAAGGAAGAACAAUGGAGGCCAGCGGGAAGCUCAUUUGCAGCCAAAGGCAAGUUGUUUUCUUCUUUCUUCUAUUGGGCUUAGCUCUGGCGGGCACGGAAUUUAGGCGCUAUUCUGUAGUGGAGGAAACCGAGGGGAGUUCCUUUAUAACCAAUUUAGCAAAGGACCUGGGUCUCGGGCAGAGAGAACUCUCCAGGAGAGGGGCUAGGGUGAUUUCCAAAGGCAACAAAUUGCAUUUGCAGCUCAAUCUGGAGACAGGGGCUCUGAUGCUAAAUGAGAAACUGGACCGUGAGGAAUUGUGUGGUCACACAGAGCCCUGUGUGCUGCGUUUCCAGGUAUUGCUAGAAAAUCCCUUGGCAUUUUUUCAAGCUGAGUUACAAGUAAUAGACAUAAAUGACCAUGCUCCCGUGUUCCUAGACAAAGAUAUGCUGCUAAAAAUAUCAGAGAGCAGCCCUCCCGGGACUACAUUCCCUCUGAAGAACGCUCAGGAUGUGGAUGUAGGCCAAAAUAAUAUAGAGAACUAUAUAAUAAGUCCCAACUCCUAUUUUCGGGUCCUCACCCGCAAACGCAGCGAUGGCAAGAAGUAUCCUGAGCUGGUGCUGGACAAAGCACUGGAUCGUGAGGAGGAACCUGAAGUCAGGUUAACCCUCACAGCUCAGGAUGGCGGCUCUCCACCCCAGUCUGGUACUACUCAGGUCUACAUCGAAGUCAUGGAUAUCAAUGAUAAUGCCCCUGAAUUUGAGCAACCUUUCUAUAGGGUGCAGAUCCCUGAGGACAGUCCCCUAGGAUUCUUGAUCACCACGGUCUCUGCUACAGAUAAAGAUAUAGGAAUCAAUGGAGAGAUUUCCUAUUCCCUUUUCCAGGCUUCAAAGGAGAUUAGCAAAACCUUUGAGAUAGAUGCUAUGACAGGAGAAAUUCAACUGAAAAAACAACUUGACUUCGAAACAACUCAAUCCUAUGAGAUCAAUGUUGAGGCCAGAGAUGCUGGAAGCUUGUCAGGAAAAUGCACUGUUCUGACUCAAGUCGUCGAUGUGAAUGACAAUGCCCCAGAAGUCAUCAUGUCCUCAUUUACCAGACAGAUCCCUGAGAACUCUCCUGAGACUGUGGUUGCAGUGUUCAGUGUUUCAGAUCUUGAUUCGGAAGAAAAUGGGAAAAUAAGUUGCUUCAUUCAGGAAGAUCUACCGUUUAUCCUAAAAUCUUCCUUGGAAAACUUUUACACCCUGGUAACAGAGAAGCCGCUGGACAGAGAGCUAACAUCGGAGUACAACAUCACGAUCACCGUCACGGACUUGGGCACCCCCAGGCUGAGGACCCAGCACCACAUCACCGUGCUGGUGUCCGACGUGAACGACAACGCCCCCGCCUUCAGCCAGAGCGCCUACACGCUGCUGGUGCGCGAGAACAACAGCCCCGCGCUGCACAUCGGCAGCGUGCGCGCCACCGACGCCGACGCGGGCUCCAACGCGCAGCUCACCUACUCGCUGCUGCCCGCCGGCCGCGCGCACCCGCCGCCCGCCGCGCUCGUGGCCGUCAACGCCGACACCGGCCAGCUGUUCGCGCUGCGCUCGCUCGACUACGAGGCGCUGCGCGCCUUCGACUUCCUGGUGGGCGCCACGGACCGCGGCUCGCCCGCGCUCAGCGGCCAGGCGCGGGUGCGCGUCGUGGUGCAGGACGCCAACGACAACGCGCCCUCCGUGCUCUACCCGCCGCCCAACGCCUCGGCGCCCUGCCCCGAGCUGGUGCCGCGCGCGGCCGACGCGGGCUACCUGGUCACCAAGGUGGUGGCGGUGGACGGCGACGCGGGCCAGAACGCCUGGCUGUCGUUCCAGCUGCUCAGGGCCACGGAGCCCGGGCUGUUCGGCGUGUGGGCGCACAACGGCGAGGUGCGCACCGCCAGGCCGCUGGGCGAGCGCGACGCGCCCAAGCACCGGCUGGUCGUGCUGGUCAAGGACAACGGCGAGCCGCCGCUGUCGGCCAGCGUCACGCUGCACGUGCUGCUGGUCGACGGCUUCUCGCAGCCCUACCUGCCGCCGCCCGACGCGCCGCCGCCCGCCGCGCAGGCCGACCGCCUCACCGCGUCCCUGGUGGUGGCGCUGGCCGCCGUGUCGUCGCUCUUCCUCCUGUGCGCGCUCGCCUUCGCGGCCGCGCGCCUGUGCGGGAGGCGCGGGGCCGGCGCGCGCGCGGGCUCGCUGGGGCCCGACGGCCCCUUCCCGGGCCGCCUGGUGGACGUGGGCGGCGCCGGGACGCUGUACAGCUACCAGUAUGAGGUGUGCCACGGGGGCUCAGGGACCAACGAGUUCAAGUUCUUAAAACCGGUUAUCCCUAAUCUGCAAUAGUAGAGCACAACAAGUGGAGUGAAAGAAAACCUGCUGCCAAUCAGGAACAGGGGUGUAGGCCAGAGAUGCAGACAGUGAGAGGAUUCAUCUGAAACUGAUGAGGAGCAAAACAGGGGGAUCCACUGAAAUACACUGUUGAGGGGAGCAGUGGGUGAGACAGGAGAUGUCUGCUGGGCCAAAUGGGUUUAGUUCUCUGGCUGGGGAUGAACUCGUGCUGCAGUGGGUGGCAACAGCUUGAUGCACUGAGACUUUAACUUCUGCGCCACCAAG